AUGUUCGCUACUUCUUCAUAUCCUUUGACCAUGAUGUUCUCGCUGCUACUAGCUCCCAUACUUGCAAAUAUUCUGAAGCAGCUCUUCUUUCGAGAUCCUCAUCGUCCUCCCGUGGUAUGGCACUGGAUUCCGAAAGUUGGUAGCACGGUCGAAUAUGGGCAAGACCCCUAUAAGUUUUUCUUCAAAUGCCAGGAGAAGUACGGCGAUGUCUUCACCUUCGGGCUCCUUGGGAUGCAGGUGACAGUCUUUCUCGGUACCAAAGGAAAUAAUUUCAUCCUCAACGGCAAGCUCAAGGACUUGAACGCCGAGGAAGUAUACGGUCCUUUAACAAUACCUAUCUUCGGCCGCGGUGUUGUCUACGAUGUAGACAAUGCCCGUUUUAUGGAUCAAAAGAGAUUAUUGAAGGAAGGGUUCUCAAGCCAGAGCCUACGAGCCUAUGUUCCCCAAUUUGUCAAUGAGGUCGAACAGUAUGUUGGCACCAAUGUUGCCUUUCGUGGAGAAAAUGGUGUCUGUGAUAUAUCCUCCGUACUCUCGGAGAUUUCCCUGUACGCUGCGGCCGGCUCUUUACAAGGUAAAGAGGUCCGCGAUUCAUUUGACGCGACGUUUGCCACCCACUACCGCCAUCUCGACGACGGGUUUGCUCCGAUCAAUUUCAUGUUUCCAUGGCUUCCAAUUCCUGUGAAUCGACGACGUGAUCGUGCUCAAAGGAAAAUGUCGAAUUUGUAUCUGGAUAUUAUCAAAGAAAGACGUUCUCGUGGGAACCAAGAUGGCAGUCAUGACAUGCUCUGGGCCCUUCUCGGCGCAACGUACAAAAACGGUGACCGGAUAUCGGAUGAAGAGAUGGCGAACCUUAUGAUUGCGCUCCUCAUGGGUGGGCAACACAACACUGCAGCGUCCGGUACCUGGAUCAUGUUAGAGUUGGCCCACCGACCCCAUCUUGUCGAGGAGCUCUACAGGGAGCAGAAUGAAGUCCUCGGUGGGCAGAGUCCCAGCUAUGAGUCUCUGCAAAAGCUCACGCUUCAUAACAACGUCAUAAGGGAGACUCUCCGCCUCCAUAGCCCGAUCCAUUCGGUUAUGCGCAAGGUGAAACAACCGAUGCAUAUUCCAGACACAGAUUUUGUUGUUCCAACUGGCCACAUCCUUCUUGCUGCGCCGGGUCUUCCGGCCAGGACUGAAGAAUAUUUUCCUGACCCGAUGAACUGGGAUCCCCACCGGUGGGACAGACCAACCACCAUUCAGCAAAUUGAGACCCCAGAUGGCGACACGAUUGACUAUGGCUAUGGAGAUGUUUCUUCCAAGGCAGCCUAUAGUCCCUAUCUUCCCUUCGGAGCUGGUCGGCAUAGAUGCGUUGGUGAGAUUUUUGCAUAUUCGCAACUUGGAGCAAUUCUUGUCACAUUAGUAAGACUUCUACAGUGGGAACAGGUGGACCCUGAAGCAGCCGUUCCGGCGACAGACUACUCAGUAAGUCCCUUCGUUGCACUGGUGGUUUCAUGGGCAAUGCCCGAUAUGUUGCUGAUUGCCAAUAAUCUUAGUCCAUGUUCUCUCGACCAAUGCACCCAGCAACCAUCAAAUGGAGACGACGCGGCUAGCUUUGAACCAUUGAGACUAGUUUGGGACGAACAAUCAAUUGCAAAAGGAACCCACUUAUAUCACCGAGAAAAUCUUCGUCCCAUUCCUCGGAAGCAGGUAGUUGGCCUGCGAAAAUACUCUCUUGUGGUCUUGUGGGUUUUGAGUGUGCCGACGUAUGGAUUGUGGUCCCCUAAAAAGCCCGGUUAA